CUAUUCCCAAGCUCUCACCAGGUCCCCAUUGUGGCAUUCAUACGUUCGACCCCAAUUACUGUCGACAUGUCCUCCCCAACACAAUUGCCUAUCCCAGCUACCAAUGAAGGGACCUCGCCGGCAUUGACGGGGGGCUCAAACAUAGCAGGGGAGCUACUUCGAAAUGACGAAUUUCAAUUGUACGACCUCAAAGUCGAGGUGGUUGUCGACCAGGGCUCUGGUGAACCUUCACAUAGCGACACAAGUGCACCACCUCGUUUGCUAUGUGGAGCACAUGUUGGCGAUUAUUUUACACUUGAAGGAGAGAUGCUAUAUUUACCUCCAGGGCAGGGCAUCUCGAUUUACUCCCUGGCGAGCGUCCUUCCCCUUUUGGCGGCAAAGCAGCGUCCAACCUCCCACGCGGAUUGGAUGACCACGGAUGCCCUGGUCAAAUGUCCGGACCCAAACUGUCCUUCCUUGUUGAAGAUCACACGCACCGGAAUAAGAACUUUCCGGCAUGGCGAAACAACACUUGUCCUCUAGGAUGAUCUAUUAAUGCUGCGAGCUAACCUCGUAUAGGUCUGCUAUUACUCUCUGUACAUACGAGCGCGUGGGGAUAUGAACUUUUCGGCUAGGUGGAGCGACCUUGUCCUUAGAAAAUCUAUUUCUACAGGCGAAUCCCACUAUGUGGGUUCACUAUUGCUCGCUGUACAUACGAAAACCCAGCAUAUGGACGGGAUCACAUACAGUUGGUCCAUUAAAGCAGCCAAUCCGCCACAGUGGUUCCGGCUUCAUCGUGAGCUUCUCGAAUCUCCAAAUCAAGUACC